CCAACCGGGCGGCGCCCUGGGGGCGGGGGCGCGGGCAGACGCGGCUCCUUGCGCUGCCGCAGCGGCGCGGCCGCCCGCCGCCUGCGGACUACAACUCCCAGCGUGCCGCCGUGGCCCGCCCGCCGGCACAGCCCGCCCGCCCGCCUCGCCUCGGCACUGCCCGGCUGGGCUCGGCUCGGCGCCGCCGCCCGGCUGUGCCCCGGGGCGCUGGCCGCAGCGCGGGCGUGGGGCGCGGCGGGCGCCGCCGGUGGCGGAGGCGGGAGGGAGGAGUUGCGUGUGGAUCCAGCUACUCCCCGCGCCGGCGGGGAUGGCAUUUCCUAGCGCGGCCAGUUCCCGCUGAGGUCCCGAGAAGAGCACCGAAAAGAAAUGAAUGUCAGAGAGGAUUUGUUUAAUCAUUUAACAGCUGACACAAGCCAUGUCCCUAACAAAACGUUGGUGAAAGAGUAGAAGAUUUCUGGGAUACAGCAGCUCUGGUGCCGUGAAGCCACUUCAGCGGGUCAGGGGCAGCGUUUGCUGAAGGAUGCGGUAGCCCAGGGGUUGGGGCUCACCGGGAGGAGGUCGAUGGCUUGCAUGGAGCUUCUCUACCUGGCCGAGGAGAGCAGGCAGGUGCCCCUGGGCACCGCUGCCGACUGGAGCCUGCCCUCCCCUCCCUACGAGCAGCAGCAGCAGCAGCAGCAGCGUGAGGGGGGCGAGGUGAACCCCAGAGCAGCUGCCACCGUGGCAGCCCUGCACUGCGAAAGGCAUUGCAAGCCCUUGCAGAGGAGCCCUGUGGCUGAGUCCCCCCGGGCACACCGGCCCUCCUCGCCAGGCGCCUCUCCCCAGGAGCACCCUGCACCCCCCGGCACCUCCCAGCCCUGCCACCCUCCCGAGCGCUUGUCCGGGGAAGAGGACGGGGGGAAGAAGAAAGCCUGCUGCUGUGCCCAGGAACUUGAGACGUCAUUCACCUAUGUGGAUGAAAAUGUAAACCUGGAGCAUGCGAGAAGUCCCCCCAGUCCUACAGGCAGCCGCUGCCAGGAUGCCCCUCUGCAGCAGCGUUCCUGCAGGGAGCUGCUGCCCGAGUGGAUGCAUGAUUCUCCUUCCCUGGUCUCUGAGGAAGACGACGCUGCCUCGGAGGUGGCGGCCGGGAAGUCCGUGGACUAUGGGUUCAUUAGUGCCAUUUUGUUCCUGGUUAGUGGCAUUUUGCUGGUGAUCAUUUCCUACGUGGUACCCAGAGAUGUGACUGUGGAUCCCAACACUGUGGCUGCCCGGGAGAUGGAGAGGCUGGAGAACGAGAGCGCUAGGAUUGGGGCUCACUUGGACCGCUGUGUUAUCGCCGGGCUGUGUCUCCUAACACUGGGGGGAGUGGUGCUCUCCAGCCUGCUGAUGAUGUCCAUGUGGAAAGGGGAGCUGUACCGGAGGAGCAGGUUUGCGUCCUCCAAGGAGUCUGCGAAGCUCUAUGGGUCUUUCAAUUUCAGAAUGAAGUCUGGUGCAAACGAUAAUAUGCUCGAGCUGUCAUUAGUUGAGGAAGAUGUGCUUGCCAUAGAUAAUUAGUGUGGUCAUGAUUUUUAAGGCAGCAUUUCUACAGGAAAAUAUGCUUCAUUAAAGAAAACAGAUGCGGCUAAAGAUAGCUGGUGAUGCAGUUUAUUUGUCUGACAAGAAUGGUUUUUUCUUAAGCUCUAUAAUCGAAUGUUUGCAGUAUAUGAGCAUUUGUUGUAAAGGGAAAACGUGCCAGAGAAAAUGCAACUGAUAUAAAAUAAUGAAAACCACUGAAUAAAAAGAGAUUUGUGAUAAGUAGGUUCAGAUACUCCUUUAUCCUAAUAUAAAACAUUCCAUUGGUGUCUUGCCUAUAUAAUUUUCUUAUUACUCCCAUAUAGAACAGGAACGACCUUGACACUUUGGAAGCUGUUAAUUAUUGCAGCCUGCAGGAUUAUUAACAGUCUACUUGGUAGGCUGUUAAGAAGCAGGACCAGUAAUCAAAUAGCAGGGCUAAUAUUUAAUUGAGAGAUGCUUUUUUAUCCUCUAAUUUUAAGGUCAUCCCUUCUCUUUCUAUUGAGUGAGAGCAAAGGGGAAAAAAGAGCCCCACUUGGUCAUGACUUGCCACAAAUCUCCCAUAUUUUCAAACAAUUGUACAAUUAGUGAUGAUUAUUUAAAGUAUAAAAUAAGAGGCAAAGGGCAGGGAACCAUAUGGCUCAUGGUAUUGGUAGGAGACAAAGGGCUCUUUCAGCUUGAGGUCAGUGGCUCCAUUUCAGUUCAGAUUAGCAAUGAUUGAUAGUCAUUAACUUCUGAUAGCUAUGGUGGCCCAUAUAAAAGAAGUUUAGUUCCUGGUGGACAGAUGUCUUUGUAUGAAAACUGCUAUAACUUAACUGACCUCUUGUUUGGAGUCUCAAAAGACCCAAGGAGUAAAAAAGCAUGGGGAAGCUGAGACUGAACACUUCUACUUCAGUAUGGAUGCCAGAAGAAAUUCUAGCUCAGCUGCAGGGCUUUGCUUAUACUGGGGCUGUCUGCAUCUUAUGAGUCCUUUUGAAACUUCAGUUUUAUGUCACUAGACUGUCAGCCUUCUCCUAACGGGCAAGGAAAGCUCAGGAGGGAGGUUUCUGGGGGUCGUUCAAUAAAAAACAAUUUAUUUGUAAAAAAUAAAUUGUCAGGAAAUACAAAGGUUAAAUAUCAGGCAGUUGGACUGGCUGACAUGGGACUUACUUACUUAACAUAGGGGAUGAUCAAGGGUACAUGUUGUUAUUAAUUACAGUUCUGUGGGCACAGUAGCCAAAAACGUGUACCACGGAUGCUAUUUACUUUAUUAUCGGCUGGUUUCUAUGGAACAUCACAGUUGUGUUCUUGCAGUGCUGGGAAAACCAACAAAGAUUCUUAUAUGCACCGCUGUCAGUUCUUACUGAACAGUCGUGUGUGUGUGUGUAUAUAUAUGUAUACACAUAUACAUGUGUGUGUGUCCUGUUAACAUAUAUAUGUAUGUUGAUAUAUAUAUAUGUGUCCCUGCCAAAGCCAAACAUGAGUGAAGAGCUCUGUCUGUACAGCCCCUGGCUGCAGAGUCUUAGUAGAAACAUGUGAUUCACUGUCACAGCCUUAUUAGUAAUGAGUUAAGUCUCAAAUAUCAGGAAUAUCAAAUAUUUUUAAAAUGAUACCUUUUUUUCUCUCUGCAACAUACCUGAGAAGAGUUCUCUUGAGAAGGGGGGGAGGAGAUCUCCUUUAUGCCCCCUUUACCUAGGAAUAUAUGCAUGUGUGUGUGGCAGCACAAGGUUCAGGAUAACAAGUGGCAGGUGGAAACGUGGGGUGGGUUUCUCCCGUGGAAAGACUGAAUGCUCUUUUGUCACCUGGUUCCUCAUUCCCUCUUCUCUGGCUGUUCACAUCAGAAGACAGGAGCAGCACCUGAGUCUGGCACUCACCUAGUUCAGUCCCCCCUGCUUGCCAGCCGCGGGUGCUGGCACGGGUGCCUUUACUGAGGGCCCGAGGAGCUGCGCUGCUCCAGGUUUCAUGCCUUUGGUCACUGUAAAUAGUGUGAUGUGGUACCCAGGCUUUAACGUUGGCCCUGCAAAAGAAAUGCUGCUGCUUCAGAUGUUGUCUGCUCUAACCGCCACUUUAGUUCAGUGUUAUCUGGUAAUUAAAGGAGCAGCCUUAUUAGGCAGUGCUGCUCCCUAGUAGAUGAUUUUGCCAGUUUAUGUCAUGAUAUGGAGUAUGUUCGCAGGCAGGAACUCAACAGUGGUCAGCAUCUCCACAGUCGUCUUUGGAGAGCUUACAUCCCUCUGGAUGUGUCAUCAGGGAUUCAGCAUGGAAUUUCUAGGGUAAAUAAAUAGAAUAGCUUCCAGAUGUGGGGAGAAGCCUUCAGCCUCUUGUGAUCGGUGAGAGUGAAGAAGGAAAUAGCCCAAGAUGCAGGACACGGAGGAGCAAGUCUCCUCCUUAGCUGGCCUUUGCCUGCUGGUGGGUACGAGGACACUGCCUGCAGGGCCUGCCACAUGGCUGGAGGUGGGGCAGUGGGACGGUGCUGCCCCCCGUCCUGCCCUGAGGACAGGAAGGGGCUGGCCGUGGCCACGGCCACCAGAGGUCCAGGGAAAGCUGUGCCAAGCGAGAGGGCAAACAGUGCUGAGCCAGGGGCAGCGAGAUAGCAUGGGACAGGGGACGGACGUCUUGGGGGGUUGAAAACCCUUUCACCAGCCCAGGCCCCUAACAGGAAUUGCUGUACUCACCUACACGACAGAAGCCCUAAAACUAAGGCCGGCAGUUUUGAGAGCCAUUAUUUUUAUUUUUUAAUGAUACAUACGCAUAAAAUUGGAGUACAUUCCAUUAUUGUGGAAAGAUGACAGCUAAAGCUGUAAGGAUCACAGAUUUCUUGUAGGAACCGUGUCAUGCCUUAAUGCUGAUUAUUAGCACUAGAAAAGGGAAUGCUCCCCUGACUGUCAGUAUGUUAUUAUCAAGUGAGAAGUUUUCUGACACUUUGUAAAAUGCCUGUCAUGGAUCAUGAGCCUGCAAUACUUAAAUGAACCCUCAAAUUUUCCCUGAGCAUUUUAAGUCAACCUAAUAAUCUAAAUAUACACCACAGAAGUGUGAGGAGUAAGAAAAUUUAAGUAACAGGACUAAUAGUUUCUUUAUUUUGGUGUUAGUGUGUGCUACGAAAGAGGCGACAGAAAGCCUUCUGAGUGCGGGAGUUUAGCAAAUAAAAACUCUCAGGACAUUUCUCUGAUCACCCAACAAGACACCUUUACAAAUUACAGGACUCUGUGGGUUGGUGGUGCGAUAUAAAACCUCUGGACCCUCAGGUUCUUGUGCUGUGCAGUGCAACAGAGACCAAAACACUUGCUGUCUGGUGGCCAAUGGUGGAAGAUGAAUGUAUUAGCCCGCUGCCCGGUGGACGAGCCUUUGUGUCGUUCACCUCGCACAAGGUGGUACCAAAGGCUGAGGCCAAGGGAAAUUGCCCUUUUGUGCACCCUCACAAUUUGAUUUCCCCUGCUCAAAUUUAAAUGCUUUAAGGGUACAAGUGUGAGGAAAAUUGUUGUUUGGGGUUUUUUUUGUUGCCUGGGCUAAAGUUGACGCAUAGAUCUUUGGAGAGCUUUCUUUGGGGAUCUAAACUUUGGGGCACACCAGGUGGGUUUUAUGUGCCCCUGGAGUACCCUGGAAACAUAUUGGGAUUUGUGCCGUCAGUCAGUUUAUUUCUGACCGACCCUAACAGCGAGCCGUGACACCUUCCCAUUUUCUACCUCAUGACGUGUCUGCGGGCUGGGCCCUGCCCUGGCCUCUGCCUUCCUGCCGGAGGGACCUGGAGGCCGGCAGCCGAGCCGGAGGUGCCCACGCUUCCCUGCGCCGCGGCAAGGCACCAGCAGCCUGCGGCUGGCUCCUUGCUGUUCAAAGAGCUCCCCGGUGACCCGUUUUCUCAGUUUCUUUUUCUCAAUUAGAUGUUUGUGGCCAAGGCUGGCCAUUUGGGAACUACUUGGCACCUGCUGGGGACUCUCACCAAAAAUGAGGCCUGGCGCCACACGGCGCCAGCCCCACCGUGGCCGUGGGCACCCAGUGCGGCUCGCAGGUGCAGCUGGCCUUGCCUUCUCACUGCCAGCCCAAAGCCGGCCCCGCAGCAGAAAUGCCUGAGACUCUCUCCUAGGAAGCUAUGCUGGGUUGUUGCUGGUUUUGAUAUGUUUACAGUUUUUUAAUCUUUGUAAUUCUUUUAAAAAUCUGUCUGUAAUGAAUAUAAAGUUUACCGACUGGGAAAGCAACCGGUUUAAUCUUGUAAAACUCCUUUUUGACCCACGACAGGGCGAAACGUCACAGUCCAUCGUGAGCUUUUCAAUAGUGCGUUUGAUGCCUUAUUAUAAUAGCAACAGCGUUCUGUACAGAUUGAAAAAUAAAGGUCUAUAAAGCUC